AGAAUCUGACAAUUCAGUUCGACUAGUUCUACUACAACUUAAAAGUUCCGACGAGAGAAGAACGUUUCCGAGUUCCCUCUGUCAACAUGGGAAAACCAAGAGAUGAAAUGCCUUCGGGCAACUUCUCAGCCAAAGUAGAGAGUGAGCUCUCACCAGUUGACCCUUGUCAGGGAUGGGUCAAUUCUUGUGAAUUCUGCGAUAGAAGGUUUGGCGAAUGGGUAGAUGCGGACGAAGAAAAUCUCGCCAAAGUACCAUCAAAGCCUGGAAUUUUCCAAAUGGCAUUUAAGAACAAGAAUACAACCGAAAUUGUUAAUAUAAUCCUUGAUAAUCAAGACGUCCAAAAGGUUGCUUAUGAAACUGUUGAUAAAGCCAAAGCACUUAUUGCAGACAAGAAGUCCAAAGUUACAAAAACUGUCAUCCUUUGCAGGUGGAUGAUAUUCAAGAAAAGCAGUGACAAAGAUAUUGCAAUUCUCUGUGCUCAUUGGCACAAUAAUGGUGUUUUACCAAAGUUCCUGAAAUCUUGGCCAGGCCUGGAUAAUCUUCGAAAGACAGAUAGUCUAACAUUUUCAGAUAAACUUCAAAAGUGGUGUUAUCCCAAGAAAGAUGCUUUUUGGAAAAAACCAAAGCAACAACCAGCAAAGUUGCUUGAGAUUGUUAAAGAAUGUAAAUGGACUCAACCAUGCGAAAUUUGUGAUGUUUAUUUCACCAAGUGGGAAAGAUUGGAUGAUGUUAUCGCCAAUCGCAAAGCACCCGAUUCUGUUGGAUUGUAUGAGCUUGCCGUGCGUUGUGGACAGAAAGUGGACAGGGUACAAAUAACCUAUUGUCUCGACAAAUCGUAUAAUAUUAAAAAGAAUUUGGAAGGUUACAGAUUUUGGAAUUAUAUCUUAAGAAAGAAAGAGUAUGUUAAUAAAAAUGCUUUUCUUCAAGUUCGGUGGAUAGAAUUGCGAAGUACCGAAAGUGACAACAGUUGCUUUCUGUAUGCUCACUUGUUGAAUGGUGACCCUGAUGCAAAAAAUCAUUCUCAAGAGGGAGAGAAGGUACUUGAGAAAAACAAGCAUUUUGUCUGUCGCACACAUGAUAGCAAAUGGUGUUAUGUAUUAGAUGAUUUUAAAGAACACAAAGUUUCUAAAUUUAAACAGAAAAAGAAUAUAUUAAGUGAUGUAGAAGAAGACAUACUGUAUCUUAAUUUUGCUGAUAAUUAAUGUUGUAAAUGAUGUUUAAUUUAUUUGUAAAUAAAUUUUUUAAGAAAA